GUGUUUCUAGCACAAGCCACCCGACAUCUCCUGCUCACCCACACGCCGGGUGUUUCUACCUGAACCACCCCACAUGACUAGUCUAGCCUGCACCCACCGGGGUGCGUACUGUUUGUAACACAAGCCACCCGACAUCACCAGCUCACCCACACGCCGGGUGUUUCUACCUGUCACCCCACAUGACCAGUGUAACCUGCACCCACCGGGGUGCGUACUGGACGUGAGCCUCUUGUCGGAUCGGGUGCGUCCGCUCUCCACCCCGGGGAUCACGCAGCAUGAGGUCUGCGCGCAAGAAGACAAACAGAUGGAGAGAGAAACUGCAGGGCUUCACCCUCACCGUGGCUCUUCAGUCUGAGGACAGACAGAACCGGGAACCGGACGAAGACAAAGACAAGAAAAAGGGAGAGAAGUGGUCGGGGAAAGAGACUCGCUACUCGCUCACCGAGGACCUCACCUUCAAGAUACUCGACCAUCUCUUCAAGGAGAAGAGUGUGACUGAAGUGGUGAAGCUGGGACCUAGGGAGGAAAUGUUCGGUUUAACUCCGCUAUGCAUGGCCGCCGCCCUAGGACACUUAGACGGGGUCAAGAGGUUGCUGGAAGCGGGAGCGCGUGUGGAUGACCAAUCAAACGAUGGAACUACGGCCCUGAUGAACGCGAUACAGUGUCGCCACCCCCACGUGCUGGACCUCCUGCUGCAACAUGGCGCCAGCGUCAGCACAGCCGACAACGAUGGCAACAACAGCCUGAUGCUGGCCAUGAAGCAAGGUGACAUGUCAGUGGUCAGCUCCCUGUGGACACACGCUCACGACCUUGACAUUAACCACACCAACAAGUUGGGACAAACAGCUUUGCACCUGGCGGCCAUCAAGGGUGACAAGUCGACAGCAGAGUGUCUCCUGGACGCCGGGGCCAACAUGCUGAUAGAGGACAAGGAUAACGAUACCUGUAUCUGUGUGGCAAUGCGCUAUGGGCAGGAGCGACUGGCUCAGUUGUUGCUGGCGAGACUCCCCCCUGAGAACAGACUUUCUUUCUGUCAGCGCCGAGCGGAGAAGGUGUUCUCGGAGAGGCGGGACAGCGAGGACAAGAUGCGACAGCUGCUGGAGCAGGAGGAGCGCGACAAGACGCGGAAGGAACGCAAGCGCGAGAAGAAGCGACAACAGCGCCUCAAGCAGAAGAUCAAAGCGCGCGCGGGGGAGGCUGACAGCGAGGUCGGAGGUCAGGAGGCGAGCAAGGGCGACAGCGACACCAUCACCAGAGUUACUUCCCUGGACGAGCUGGACGAUAUCCCGCUAACCGUUGGACCGGACGGACGGCGGGAUAUCCCAGCAUACGCCGCAGCUGCAGCCACCAUCCUGACCCCUACCCACCAAGACUUUCAGGUGGAGGAGGAGUGGAUGAUGGUGGGAGGAAAACGCUCCUACCCAGUACGUCUGCGCCACCUUGCGGGCGAGGUGGGAGGCGACUCCAACAAGGAAACGUCGCUAGGGCGCCAUCUACACACCAGUUCCGAGUCCGGAACCAGCCAGUCACGUGACCUCUUCAGACCGAAGCCGCCAGAGGAGCACACCGAUGUCAACGAGGGCUGUUCUGCUGACGUCAGGAGCUGUGGGCGGGGCUUCGUGCGAUGGGCGGAUGUGGCUCGUUUGGGGAGCACAUCCUUCAACCUUGACCCCGCCAAGUUGUCGCCGGUCCCGUCCGCAAACCCGGGAGACCGCCCUCUGACCUGUUCUCGCCGAGAGCUGAGCAAAGAAGAGUUUCCCACACUUGGGAAAGAACUGCAGGAAGAGUUUCCCACACUCGGCAAAGAGAUUCAGGACGACAUCGAUAAAGGGCACUGCUAUGCCCACAGAGGGGCGACAGAGGACUGCGUUCAGUCGCUGCAACAAAUUCCUCAAAAUUCCUCAAGGACCACGUGGUCAGAACAGUGUGCAGGUGCGCAACCAGGUGAUGAGCAGAAAUACGGCGCCGAGAGACCGACCGACCUGCCAUUCACUCCUGAAGGUUUGUCCCAUUUGCUGGCAUCCAUUUCCAAACAAGGUUCUGGCUGCAUCGACCCCAAGCUUCUCUAUGAAAAGCUCUCCCAGUGGCUUCUGAGGCCCGUCAAGUCCCAAGAAGCCUUCGCCUCUGUGCAGCAGCAACUGUCACAUGAUCCGUUAGGCCUCAACAAAACAAAGGCGACGCCUGCCUCGGGGGAGAAGGUUUCCUUUGCUCAUGCGCCUCAAAGUUUACAUCAGGGCGACUCUAAACUUGGUGGCGACGACAAGAAGGGAGGUAAACAGGGAGAGCCUGGGAAUGGUUGUCAGCAGGAGAAGUGGCCACUUGACAGUUCAGUAGCCGCCUUAUCUCAGCACAAAGCCUUAAGAUUCAAACCGGAAGAGAAAAGCUUUGCGGCGACCUGUGGCUUUCGCCCUGCGUGGAUGGAACAGGAAUCAUGUGUGGCCCCCGUCAGCAAGACCUCGAGGGAUGAGGGAUCGUCUGGUAGAGACAAGAGGUCAGCGUCCACCUCUCUCAAGCAACACACGUCACACCCAGGAGAAAAGGCUGGUCCAUGGUAUCAACCGUGCGAAGGGCAGGGCCUGAAGGUUUCGGGUGCUGGAUUAACAUGUAGGAUGGACAUGGACCACGUGGACAGCUGCGAAUACCUGUGGCCCAAGUCAAUAUCCGGCUCCAGUCACCAGUCUCCCUUCAGCCUCGAACCGAAUGACGGUUGUGGUCGUAAACUAAGUGCAGCUGCCAAUCACGCCCGCAGAUGUGAUAUAGCCAGCUGUCAGAUGCAUGUCUUGCACAGAGAGGAGAGCGGGUGGCCGUGUCCGCUGCUUUGUCCUGACCUCCUCUGUCGACCCGAGCUGAGUGCAAGUGAUGCUACUCACCUUCUUCCUCAAAAGACGACAAAACCACGAGAGACGCGGUCAACGAGCUCUUCCUCCAUCACAGCUUCCCACAGCUCCGAGUUCUUGUCAGAAGUCAGAGCAGCUGAGCUGAGAUCAUACCUCGAUGUCUUCUUCAAGCAAAAUUCCAAGCCUGGUGGGGGGAUUAAAGUUGGUACUAAAGACGCUUGGGGAAAAGCAGAUUCAGAAUUCCAGUCAGAUUACCAUAGCAACCAGACUGCGCUGGAAUAUUUUGACUGCAAGCAGCCGGAAGUUCUACGUGACGGCAGGUGUAUGAUGGUAUCUAUUCCCAGGCUAUCGGACUCUGACUCAGCGCAGACUUCACCCAACGAGAAGCUGAGCGAAACUCAUUCUUGUAGACGACCCUCCCCCACGCCCAUGCCCUCCAGUUCCAGCAUGAGUCACGUGGACAGCCUGGCCAGAUCCAGCCCAAGCCACUCGAGAAGCUCUUCCAGUGUCGGCAUACACGAGUGUUUAGCCCCUGGCUUUCUCAGGGCGGCGUCGGGUGAGUCUCAGACCCGAUCCUUGGAGAGCUGCAAGGACGCGGACGACGGCGCUACCCUGUUUCAUAACAUCUACGGCAACGUGGGGCUCCUGCAGAUGGGCGAGAGCCAGCCGACCACCACCCCGGGUGACGCUGCCGAGAGUCUCUACCCAGACCUGUCCAUGAUACCGGAAAAAGAAGUCCCCGAGACGCCUGUCAGCCCACAACCCACGUGGUCUCGUGUCGUUGGUCAUGGCCGACCACUAAAGACGAGGUGCGCAGGCGAGCCGCUGCCUGAAGACAAAGACGGAGAACCACCCUUCUUCGACUGGACGACACUCAUAGGCACAGACUAUGUUCCUCCUUCGCAUGUUCCAGACAAGCCAUUGACCCACACAGGCUACGCGUCCGGUCAGCUCGUGUGUGUCGACACCAGUCUGAGGGAUGAGGUUCUGUUCCCAGAGAGCCUGCGGGACGACGAGGAGGCGAGCCAGCCCAGCGCUACCGACGUGUUCCCGUCCAUUCACGACAUGAGCGAGAGGGACCUCUUCCAGGACGUCUUCUCCAACAGCUACUUCCUGGAGCAGAUCGCCAUCGACCAGAUCCGUCGGCGCCUGCGCUCGCUGGGUGGAGUGGAUCUGCUGGAUCGGUCCGUACUGCACCACGAUCUCGACUACUUCGCCUCCGUGUACGGCGUGAGACUGCGCGAUGUAUUGGGUCCCCACGAGGACCCCGCAGCCAAAAAGAUGGCCGCCAGCCAGCGCGCAGCGCGCAAACGCGAGAGGGAGGAUGGGGUGCCCGAGUGGAAGGUUGUGGUGAGGGAGCUGGGACGUCGGGCAGAGACAGGGACCGACGGAGACGCCUUGUUAGGCGAGGACGCCGACGAUGGGGAGGAAGGGCAGGACGCGGCCAACUGGCCCUGGCAUUCCGUCAAGGUGCCCCUCCCACACAUCGUCAGCGCCACCGACAGCCAGGAGGACACGGCGUGGGAUCAGGGCGGGGGCGGCAGCCGGCGGUGGAGGGCCUGGCUACGACAGAUCCUCAACAUGCCGUGGACCAUGCGGCGGCAACACGGGAAGAUCGUCCUGCCGGCACGCUCCAUGGAGUACAACAUCAGUCGCACGGGCAGCUACCCCCUCAUUCUGGGCUUCCUGACGGACGGCACGGAGGUUGGAGUACUGGCCUUGGACCGCACGCGUCACGCGCUGGACACGCGCCUGAUGGCCACCGUGGCUGCCGACAGCGAGCCGGACGUGCACUUCGUGCUGCGGUACAAGGCUGUGUGGGAGAGUGCGGGGCGUGUGUACCUGGCCAUGGAGCUGUGUGACUACACACUAGACGAGUACGUGUCUAUCGUGCGCCUGGACCACCGCCAGGACCCGCUGUCCGCCAACCGCCUGGCCUGGCAGAUGCUGAAGGGACUCAAGUACCUACACGCCAACUUCGCCGUGCCGCACGGCAGUCUCAUGCCCGGCUGGAUUUUCGUGGACUGUGACGGGCGCCUGAGGCUGGCGGGCUACGGUCUGCGGGACGUGAGUGCGUCAAGUGCGGCGCUGGGCAGGGACUGGCUGGACAAAGCAAGUACCCUGGCCGGCGACGCAAGAUUCUGGAAGUCUACAGACCACGUGACUGGCCUGGCGCUAGAACCCACCUUCAAAGCAGACAUUCAGGUGGCGGGUAUGUUGCUGUACUACAUCCUGACAGGUGGCCGUCACCCGUUCGGAGACACGGCUACGGAAGUGGAGAACAACCUCCGAAGGGGUGCACCCCGCCCCUCCCGUGUGAGCCAUGAGGCCGACCACCUCGUGUCCAGCAUGCUGACCUCUGAUGCAGACGCCAGGCCGUCUGUGGACGUUUGUCUCAAACACCCGUUCUUCUGGUCCGGAGAGAAGCGCUUCCGACUGGUACUCAUCGUGGGGUCGGACAUCUUGACGGAGAUGAAGACAGGUGUGCCGCUGACCGGCCCUGGUUCGACUUCUAUGAUAGACAUUCUCAACAUCGUGCACAUCAGCGCCGUCAGCGAUAACUGGCUGAGUGAGGUAGACGGUGUGCUGGUGAAGGAGAUGAGGGCGUUCCGUCAAUACAAGAACACUCUCUCCGAGCUGGUGCUGUUUGUCUACAACUGCUGCCUGCACUUCGACAAGAUGUCCCCUGUGGGCAAGGAGGUUCUGGACGACCCCUGCAAGUACUUCCAGGCGCGAUUCCCUGCUCUCUUCAUGGCCGUGUACCGGGCCAUGCGGGCCUCGGACCGCACCGACAGGACCUGCUACAAACCCUUCUUUUAGUCACGACACCUGCGACAGCGACCUCCGCACAGGUGUCCGGCCACCGACACAGCUCCUUGUGCUUUUUGUGUGUGGACUGAUGUCCAUGCAGCAUCGGCUUACACUUUGUCAUCGCGGCCAUCAGCAGAUUUUUUAUUAAUUUUUUUUUUUUUUGGAAUGGUGUUUCGAAAAUUCAGGCUCGUCAAACGUUCAAUGCGUCGAUCACAUAUUUUACAGUUUUUCUAGAUCCUUUUACAGACUAGUUGUGCAUGUCUCUUUGAAGAAGACGUUUUCUACACCACCGCUACAACCGCUACUACCCCUACACCACCGCUACAACCACUACACCACCCGCUCACCUCACAGACAACGUGGCGGAUGUCACAUCGUCGCCUUGUCACACACCCCGGCCCCGCGCUAAGCACCCAUCUGUGACAGUUUACAGCAACCUUGUAGGCGCUCUCACACAAGCUAUUUAUUAUUGUAUACUAUUAUCUUUUGAUGGCGUAUGUAAGAACGCUCGUAAUUAACACUCGCUCAUAAUCAGGUAAGCAAAGUAGCCUCCCUGGCGUACAACCAUAAAGCAUUUACUCUGGCAGUCUCGGCUACACGUCACCACAAGAUCCAUAGCAACAGAAAGUGUUUUGCAGGUAAAAACAUUCUAGAAUAAUCGUGUAACGAAGACCCAACCUACGAUGAUGUGCUGCAACUAAUUGAUAAGUAAAAUAGCGAACGUGUUUCUAGCAGGUACACGUACAAAAUAUCCUUAGCAGUUUAUAACGACUGACCUGUCCGAAAUACACAUUCCAUAACAGCGACCAGUUGUUUUCAUGAAGUGUACCCCAUUCUUUCAGCAAAGGCCACUCAGGCAGUGUUCCAUCCCCUGCACAGACCGGUCCAGAUGUUUCCUGAAUAUACAAGUAGGCCAUGCUAACUUCUCUGUUAAGAAAGAUCAUUUUAAUGUCAAGAUACAUCCAAAUGUUACCGUAGGUUCAAAGAGUCGAACUGUCCGACAUACUUCAUCUUUAUCAAUUUCGAAUCCUUUUUACACAAUAAAAUUAGAGCCGAGAACUCCACUUCCUUGGAGAAGUACCAGAUAUCUUUACGAUUUAUGAGGGCUACACAGUUUUCACUCCUUUUGAGAUGCAACGGAUGUUUUCGCGAACACAUCAGGGUUACAUAAUGUUCAUUCUAUGUUCCCGUGGUUUGUUGGCAUCUUAGUAUUUAUCAGAUGAUUCUGUAAAUCUCCUGGCUGUUCUGGUGCUGUGUUUUGACAGGAAAGUAAAGGCAUUUUCGUGCGCUCCUAGAAUUUCGCGUUGGUGUGAACGCCUGGAGGGGGAGGAAGGAAAGGUAUGCAGGGCUGUACACGUGUUCAUUCACCUGUUAACGUGGCACACCACCAACACAAACAUCCCAUCAUGCUCAACGUCCAUGAUUGGUGUCCUGCCUGCACCAUCUUGAGUUACACACCCAACUAUCGCCAACACCAGAUUAACAU